AUGGAGAGAAUUUGGCGGAAAUUCAAGGGCGGAGAAGACGGUAAACCUUCAUCCGCGGUCUCUUCCGUGGUCCUCGAUGAGACCUAUGGCGCCCAAAGAGCUGGAAAUAACCCCGCCACAACGCAGCAAAUUGUGGAAGUGAAAGGGACCGACUUGUGGCAGAUCGCUUACGAGGAUCUAAGUCCAGCCGACAAAGGGGUGCUUGCAGACACUCAGCAAGUUGGACGACCGUCUCUUCACCGUAGCAAGACUUUGGAGGUAGUGGAUGACGUUAUCGAGGCGACGAAGAAGCAGUAUGAAGAGUAUCAGAAAAGGGGCUUGAAGAUCAGGAAGGGAGCAGAUAAAGAUUCCAUCAACGUUCGUGAUAUUGCACACAAAAUCUUGAAUGCUACACUAUCAUUCAGAGGAAUCGCAAACGUGCUCGUGGGUGGCGAUCAGACCGGCACUGCAUCCAUUGCUUGGGGAAUUGUGUUGCUCGGGUUGACCAUCACAUAUAACCAUCAUCAGAUACGCAAGGCUCAGUUUCAAUCGGCUGAGUUCUUGACAGACGUCCUAACACGUUGUGCUUUCAUUGAGAAGGAGCACUAUCACGAUAGCCGAUAUGAAACGCAGGACAAGGUUGAAGUUGCUAUUGUCCAAGUCUACAAAGGUAUCCUGAGCUAUACAGCGCAAGUAUACAGGAUGCAACGGGCUAAUGUGGGGGAGAGAUUAUUGGAAAGUCUUUUGCCAGUGACAAACCACCCACUCAAAGAAAUUGAGACACAGAUCAGGAGCGACGAGGCAAGAUUGCGCCAAUGGGUCAGACAUGACGAGCAUUUACAAAGCCAAGCGAAAGCUGAAGAGCUGCUUGGGCGGAUAGAUGAAUUCAUCGUGUUACUGAAAAACUUACACCGGAAGUUCGAUCUCUAUAAUCUCCCAGCUGCCGAAGGUGCUUCAUAUGACUCAUAUCAAAAUCAACAUCAGGAGGCGUGCCUUGAUGGCACGAGAGAGGACCUUCUUCAACAAGCCAGUGACUGGGGAAGUUGCUCGCAAGGCGCGUGUCUCUUCUGGUUGAACGGCAUGGCCGGCACAGGAAAGUCGACAAUUGCACGAUCACUCGCCAGGACAUUUGAAGAAAAGGGUCAACUUGGAGCGACCUACUUCUUCAAAAGGGGUGAAGGUGACCGCGGGCAUGCGAAGAGGUUUGUCUCGACAAUCACAAGACAACUUAUUGCGGUAAUCCCCAAUCUAGCAGUUGGCGUCUCGAAGGCCAUCGAAGAUGAUCCAGAUAUUUCAAGACGUGGUUUUAGAAUACAAUUUGAAAAGCUGCUUCUCGAACCCUUGAGUGAGCUGGAGGAUGGCCAAAACCUGACCAGAUUCGUGAUCGUGGUCGACGCACUGGAUGAAUGCGAAGAGGAGCAGGAUAUAAGGCUCCUAUUGCAGCUCUUCCCCCGCAUCCAGGAGUCAAAAUCUGUCCAGCUACGGGCCUUCAUAACCAGCCGACCGGAACUACCGAUACAGCUCGGCUUUCAGCAGGAUACAGUCAAAACUAAUCACCAGGAUCUCGUUCUUCAUCAAAUCCCUAAGCCAGUGAUUGAGCACGAUAUAUCUCUAUAUCUGAGACACAAGUUAAAGAUAAUCCGGGAGACUCGGUCACUACCUCCGGACUGGCCUGGUGAUAACAUCUUUCAGGAACUGGUCAAGAUGUCAGUCCCCUUAUUCAUUUUUGCGGCCACCGUGUGCCGUGUGUUUGAAGACUAUGACCUGGACCCUGUACAGACCCUCUCUGAGAUCCUCGAGUACCAGAAUGAAGAAUCCAAGUUGGAUGGAACGUAUCUUCCAGUACUGCAAAGGCUCUCGACCCAUAGCGGCAAGCGGCAUAAGAUGAUUAUCGAGGAAUUCCAGGAGGUGGUCGGCACAAUCAUAAUCCUCGAGUCGCCACUCUCAGUCUGCUCCUUGUCCGAGAUCCUUGGUAUCCGAAACAGCACUAUAAAUACACGUUUGAGCCGACUCCAUGCGGUGCUUGAUAUUCCAGAUGAUGAGACAAAGCCCGUAGGGCUUUUCCACUUGUCGUUUCGAGACUUUCUGCUCGAUCCAGAGACACGAGAGAAGACGGAGUUCUGGAUAGACGGUGGGCUAACGCAUCACAAGCUCGCUGUCAAGUGCCUUGAAAUUAUGAGAAGCAGGCUAAAGAGGAAUAUGUGCAAUCUCCCAUAUGAGGGGUUUGAGCGAACUGAAAUCAACGCAGACACUGUCGGGAAACCCCUAGAACAUUUCAUACCAUCUGAACUAGAAUAUUGCUGCCGUUACUGGAUACGCCAUAUAGCACAGUGCAAAGACCCAGUAGAGCUAGGAGAUGAAAUAUACGCGUUUCUCCAGGAGCAUUUCCUUCACUGGGCAGAAGCCAUGUGCUUGUUAGGUUAUGCAUCCGAGGUUGUUGGAGGUAUCGAGACCCUUCAGUCACUGAUAAAGAAUCAGGAAGAGUCUGAAGCAGCCAGAUUUCUAUAUGAUGCAAAACGGUUCAUGCUCAAGUGUCGACGUAUAGCUCAUGUUGCGCCACUCCAAGUGUAUUGCUCUGGGUUAAUAUUCGCCCCAACCAAGUCACUUAUUGGAAGCACACGUGAAUUACCCAGAUGGGCCCAGAGGUUGCCAGAAGUUGAAGAGUAUUGGAGUGCGAAUCUGGAGAGCAUUGAUGGCCAUAGUGGCCUGGCGGUUCGAUCGGUGGCCUUUUCACCAGACGGGCGAUGGUUGGCUUCAGGGUCCGACGAUAAAACCAUUAAGCUGUGGGAUGCGGCGACCAGGACGCUGCUCCAGAGCCUUGAAGGCCAUAACAGAUCAGUGGUAUCUAUAGCCUUUUCACCAGAUGGACGCUCUCUGGCAUCGGGGUCUCACGACAAUACUGUCAAGCUCUGGGACCUGGCGACCGGUUCACACCAGACCGUGGGAAGCCACGAGGAGAAGGUUUGGUCCGUAGCCUUCUCAGCUAAUGGCCAGGUGAUAGCAUCUGGUUCUGAAGAUCGUACAGUCAAACUUUGGGACUUAACGAGCGGCUCACAUCGGACAUUGAGAGGCCAUUAUAGUCGUGUUUGGUCUAUAGCCUUUUCAGCCGAUGGAAAAUGGCUAGCAUCUGGCUCCGAUGAUAAAAGCAUAAAACUGUGGGAUCCCAUUACAGGCGAUCUGAAAGAUACACUAGAGAACCCUAGCUGGUUUGUCGAGGCAGUAGCCUUCUCCCCGGAUGGACGCUUGGCGUCUGGAGCGGGUGCUGCUCAGAUUUGGGACCCGGAGACUGGUACCGUGCGACAAACGCUAGGGAACGUGACAGAUAGAGUCUGGGCAGUGGCCGUCUCCUCCGAUGGACAGUUUUUGGCAUCCAGCCAGCUACACGAUAGGUCGAUCAGGCUAUGGGAUUUGACCACUGGUACGGUGCAGCAGACGUUAGUAGGCCAUCCUUCUAGUGCUCAAAGUGUUGCUUUCUCCCCAGAUGGGCGACUGCUGGCAUCGUGUUCUGCGAACAACAUCAUCAAGCUCUGGGACUUGAACAUCACUUUCAGAGACGGGGAAUCUGGAGGCCUACAAUCCAGCUCUGAAGACUUCUCGGCACUUGCCUUCUCGACAGAUGGACACUGGCUCGUAUGCGGUAUUUUUGACGGUACCAUAGAGAUUUGGGACUUGGCUCUGACGCUCCAAGGCGACCCAGCGACCAAGGCCGUGCGGAUGAUCCUUGAGGGACAUAAGCGUGGUAUUUCAUCCCUGACCUUCUCUGCGAAUGGCAAAUGGCUGGCAUCCGGCUCAUUUGACAAAACGAUCAAGAUCUGGAAUUGCAGCACCUUCCGCAGCGGUGCAGCGAGUGAUGCUCUGCAUCGAGAACUUGAGGGACAUGGUGGCGGGGUUCUUAAAGUACUGUUCGCACCAGACGGACAGUGGCUUGCAUCCAUCGCUGAUGAUAGGACAAUUAAGCUCUGGGACCCUGUUACUGGUACCCUUCAGCAUACUAUGCAGGGCCACCAGUACAUGGCUAGGUUUCUGGCUUUUUCACCAGAUGGACGGUGGCUUGCAUCUGCUGACAAUGUGAUCAAGGUCUGGGACACGAACACUGGUGCUCUAUUGCAUAGUAUCGACAUCCCUGGAUUUUUAGGGGAGCUCUCAUUUACCAAAGACGGGCUUCAUCUGGACACGACUUUCGGGGUGUACAGUAUUCCGACAGCCGAUCCCACAAUUCCAGCUGACAUUCUGCCCAAACCGGAACUUUGUCUUGUGAGAGAGCAAUGGAUCACUCUGAAUGGUAAAAAAGUCCUUUGGAUACCGCCCGACUAUCGCGGCCAUGUUGCCACUCGUGAUAGAGUGUUCGCUCUAGGAAUCAAGCCUUUGGGGCGGCGAGCGAGGUCACUUGCGCUGUUCGAGUUUUGAUGAUGAUAUUUGUCGCGUCGCCAUGUAGCUGAGUAGUAUCUCGAAAUUUGUGGGAGCAGCAAGCAGGAGCCAUGGGU